ACACGUCUUCGUCACCGGUGCCGUAGCCUCACGGGACUCUUCUUCCUCCCUUCCCAUCUGACCCGGCCUCCCCGACUAUAAAACCCGCGCUCUCCUCUCCUCUCCGCAAAUCCAACCCAGCCCCCUCCGAUCCCCACCGAAGAAUCUCCGACAGAUCGAAGCCAAGGCUUUCUCGUCCUCCUCCCCAAGAUGCAGAUCUUUGUGAAGACCCUCACCGGCAAGACCAUCACCCUUGAGGUCGAGUCAUCGGACACCAUCGACAACGUCAAGGCGAAGAUCCAGGACAAGGAGGGCAUCCCCCCGGACCAGCAGCGCCUCAUCUUUGCUGGCAAGCAGCUCGAGGAUGGUCGUACCCUUGCUGACUACAACAUCCAGAAGGAGUCCACCCUCCACCUGGUGCUCCGCCUUCGCGGUGGUAUGCAGAUCUUCGUGAAGACCCUGACGGGCAAGACCAUCACGCUUGAGGUGGAGUCCUCGGACACCAUCGACAACGUCAAGGCCAAGAUCCAGGACAAGGAGGGCAUCCCCCCGGACCAGCAGCGCCUCAUCUUCGCCGGCAAGCAGCUUGAGGAUGGCCGCACUCUGGCAGACUACAACAUCCAGAAGGAGUCCACCCUCCACCUGGUGCUCCGCCUUCGCGGUGGUAUGCAGAUCUUCGUGAAGACCCUGACGGGCAAGACCAUCACGUUGGAGGUGGAGUCCUCGGACACCAUCGACAACGUCAAGGCCAAGAUCCAGGACAAGGAGGGCAUCCCCCCGGACCAGCAGCGCCUCAUCUUCGCCGGCAAGCAGCUCGAGGAUGGCCGUACCCUUGCUGACUACAACAUCCAGAAGGAGUCCACCCUCCACCUGGUGCUCCGCCUUCGCGGUGGUAUGCAGAUCUUCGUGAAGACCCUGACGGGCAAGACCAUCACGCUGGAGGUGGAGUCCUCGGACACCAUCGACAACGUCAAGGCCAAGAUCCAGGACAAGGAGGGCAUCCCCCCGGACCAGCAGCGCCUCAUCUUUGCCGGCAAGCAGCUCGAGGAUGGCCGUACCCUUGCUGACUACAACAUCCAGAAGGAGUCCACCCUCCACCUGGUGCUCCGCCUUCGUGGUGGUAUGCAGAUCUUUGUCAAGACCCUGACGGGCAAGACCAUCACGCUGGAGGUGGAGUCCUCGGACACCAUCGACAACGUGAAGGCAAAGAUCCAGGACAAGGAGGGCAUCCCUCCGGACCAGCAGCGCCUCAUCUUUGCCGGCAAGCAGCUUGAGGAUGGCCGCACUCUGGCAGACUACAACAUCCAGAAGGAGUCUACCCUCCACCUGGUUCUCCGCCUGCGUGGUGGCCAGUAAGUGACUGGUCAUGGCGUUGCUUCUGUCUCCAGGGUUCACAGGUCUUGUGUCGCCGUUGUUCUCCAAUGGGUGCCCUUGUCUGGUCGUGUCGUUGUUUCCAUCACUGAUCUGUUCGGUUGUCUAAAAACUUCCCACGGCUUUGGUUAUAUGAUUAAUAAGUGAGCCCUUAAUAUCGUGCGUAA